AGAAGAGGGCGCACUACUCGGCCCAGAUCAGACUCCUUUGUGAAGGUUCUGCUUUCCUGCGAUUUCGUCUUUCGUCUCCUUCUAGCUUUAACACUUCUGCAUUCUGCACAGCUGCGCAAUACAGUGGCGUUGUUGCUUUGUGCAGAGUGAAGAGUGUGCUUUGGCGCCGGUCCCUUCCCCUGUUAUAAUGACUCUUCAGUUGUUCGAGGCAUCCGACGAGGAUAGCUUCGUCGCUAUUGCACAGCAUGUUGCUGAGCUGCUAAAUGAGGGGCAGGCGCGGACAGCUCUGGCAGACACGCCCGCGAAUCGGUUUGUCAAUGAUUGCACAAACCUGGUGCAGGAGCAACGCUAUGAGGAGUACGUGACCCGCAUGGCCGCGCAAGUGGGCGCUAUCUUCUCAAAAAUGUCGGAGAAGGAGGCUGAGUGCUGCGCGAGCAUCCUGGUCCAUGCCGUGGGCCGCGUGCCUGAGGGGCGGCAACAGGCCGCGGCCAGCGCCCUGGCGGCAGCGCUUGUGCAGUCUGAGGAGCGGGCCGAGGAGCGCAUGAACGCGCUGCUGGCGCUGUACGGCAUUGUGGCCGCCCAGCCCGCCGCCCAGCGCGCCGUGCUACUGGCGGCCGCCGCAUACGCCGCGAAGAGCAGCGGCAAGUGCCGCUCCGCCUUCUGCGCGGCAGUCCGCGGCAAGGCGUCGCGCUGGGUGGCUGAGUGGAAGCUGGCGCCGGUCGACGCGCGGCAGCUGUACCUGGCGCUAGCGGCCGCCACCCGGGGCGCUGCUGACCGGCCCACUAACCGCGAGCACCUGUCGCUGGCGGGCUCCGCGCUGUCGCUGGCGGUGCCCGGCAGCUCGCCGUCCGCGCCCGAGCUGGCGGAGGCGGCUGCGGGCGCGCUGGCCGAGUACCUGCGCAGCGGCGCCAUCUACACGCUGGACCUGCUGCCGCUGCCGGCCGUGGCGGCGCUGGCGGCACACGCUAAGUACGGCCCGCUGCACAAGCUGGUGGCGGCGGUGCUGGCGGGAGACGUGGCGGGCACUCGUGCCGCCUCCACGCCUGCCGCUCUAGAGGCUGCUGGGUCGGGUGUGACUGCCGAGGCGGUGCUGUCCAAGGCGCGCAUGACGGCGCUGCUUUCGGCGUGCGCGGCUGCGGGCCACGGUGAGGUGGCGCUGGCGGAGCUGCAGAAGGCUCUGGACGUGAGCGACACGGCGGCGGUGCAGAGCUGGGUGGUCAAGGCCAUCGGGACCAAGCUGGUGGAGGGCCGGGUGGACAGUGUGCGCGGUGUGCUGUCCGUGGCUCGCUCCACGCACCCCUCCUUCGGCGGGCCGCAGUGGAAGAAGCUAGGCGCCCAGAUUGCGGCGCUCAAGGACACGGUGGGCGCGGCGGUGGCGGCCAUGUCCGCGGUCAAGCCGCCCCCCCACGUGUCUGCACGAGGGGUGGCAGCAGCCGUGGCGGCGCGUUAAGGCGUGUUCAUGUGCAGUGUGUGUGGGUGUGUGGGUGUAUGUGUGCGUGCGUGCGUGCAUGUGUCCAAGUCUGUGUGUGUCCAUAGGUGUCUCCGUGGGUGUGAUGGGCAGGUCAAGGGGCGAUGUGGGGUGGCGGGCAAUGGCAUUUCACAAGUACCCAUGCGUAAGUCGGCUGAUUGCAAGGCAAUUGCUUUUAGCGAGGCAAGCCUAGGUGGCGAUUCAGCCGCUGGAUGCCUGCGUAGCGCUCUAUGGUUGCGCCUGUAAGCAGCAGACCAGCAAUUAUGGAUGAGCGCAGCGCACGUUCAGACUAUGUCGCUGGGGAUGUGCAUGUUGCCCUGUCCGGCGUGGCGAGGUUGAGUGGUCAGGGGUUUGGAUUGUUACGUUUGCGACGUUACUAGAGGGGUGAGAACCUAACUAGAGGGGCGAGUAAGCACGCAAUGCAGAGGAUGCUGCUAAAACAGCUGAAGCUCGCACUGAGGUGCCGCCCAAAAGGGGUUGGGUGAUUUACAGAGGGUCGAGGCCAAUCGUGUGAACGAGCUAGACCUAGAAAUCGUCAGGUAUCGGUUGAUGCCCACGUAGAUGAAUGACUCGCAUGUAGGGAACAAUCUCUGGAGCAUGUAAGUGUGCGGGCCACAGACACAACACGAGAUUCACAAGCAGGUGAAUGACGUGCCGUCCCGCCCCACAGGGGUGUGGGAAAUUCGUGAAGGUGCAGAUUC